AUGGCCACUACAAAACUCGCUACACUCGCGAUUCGCACGUUAGCGAAACCAAUCGCGAAUACCAUAAAGCAACAAGCCAAAGAACACGAGACAUUCCGCCGCUGGUGCAUGAACCUCGCACAAGCCAAACACCGUGCAGAAGUCAACCUCCGUACCAACCUCCUUGGUGAACCUGCAAAGAACAUCCGUCCUCUCUCUGAAGCUCGAGCAAUCGACCAAGGAGCAGACGCCAUAGCCGAAGGCUUCCUCUUCUCCGUCGCAGCACUCCUCAUCCUCGGCGAGACAUACCGCAGUUCACGAAGUCAAGCUAAACGCCGAGACGUCAUCGAUGAUAAAAUUGAGGAUCUGAAUAAUCGAAUAGAGGGGUUGAGUGAGGGUGUAAAGGCGUUGGAGAGGAGGUUUGAGGAACAGUGGGAGUUGGAGAAGGGACGGAACGAGGAGCUCACGCGAGUAUUGAAUCGAAUAGUCGACGUCGGGCUACGAGGAGGCUGGGCAGAAUUUGAAGAUACAUCACUCCGUAUACCGAGUAAUAGUAUUACAACGCCUUCACCACAGUCCUCCUCAUCUUCACGAGAUGACGCAUCUCGGCCCCAAAAGCCUUCAUAAUCUUUAUAAUCAUCGUGGAUGCUAGAUUUCGUGACAUAAUAUUAUAAUCACACGAAUUCGAACUACACAGGAACGGAUUAUC